CACACAUCUAGUUGUUUCGGUGGAACUGAAGUGAGAGGGGUGGACGGAUAGUUAGCUAGCAGCAUUACAGAAGAUUUUAUGUUGCUGCUUCUGAGCCGUCAGGUCUCGCUGUCAUUCGUUAAGCAAGUCAUUCCCCGAAGUCCGGUUUUGUUUUCGAAGCCUGCAUCACUUAACUUAAGAACAUUCAAAUUCAAAGUGACAUUCAGCACCGUUUUUGCAAACGCUACCAUCCAAAAUAUAAUCACUAUGCCUGAGAGGAGGCCUUUCGUACGGUUGCCCACUGACGUCUACCCUGUCAACUAUGGGUUAUGUUUGAAGCCCGACUUAAUCGACUUCACUUUCGAGGGCAAGUUGGAUGCGCGAAUUGAGGUCGUACAAGGAACAAAUCAGAUUGUGAUGAACUGCGCAGACAUCGACAUCAUCACAGCGUCUUUCGCGCCCGAAGGAGGUGAAGAAAUAAGCGCCACAGGGUUCAACUACCAGAACGAGGAUGAGAAAGUCACGUUGUCGUUCCCCAGGGUUCUCCAGAAAGGGUCGGGUUCAUUGAAGAUUGACUUCGUUGGGGAGCUCAACGACAAAAUGAAAGGCUUCUACAGGAGUAAAUAUGCAAGUGCGUCAGGAGAAAUCCGCUAUGCUGCCGUAACACAGUUUGAGGCCACGGAUGCCCGCCGAGCCUUUCCCUGCUGGGACGAACCCGCCAUCAAAGCCACCUUCGACAUCAGCCUGAUCGUUCCCAAGGACCGAGUAGCCUUGUCAAAUAUGAAUGUCAUUGAUCGAAAGCCAUAUCCAGAAGAUGACAGCCUUGUAGAGGUGAAGUUCGCCACCACACCCAUCAUGUCCACGUACCUCGUGGCGUUUGUCAUCGGCGAGUACGACUUUGUGGAGAGCCAGUCGUCGGACGGCAUCAUGGUGCGCGUCUAUACACCUGUGGGGAAGGCGGAGCAAGGGAAAUUUGCACUGGAGGUUGCUACAAAGACCUUACCCUUCUACAAAGACUACUUCAAUGUUCCUUAUCCGUUGCCUAAAAUCGAUCUUAUAGCUAUUGCUGAUUUUGCUGCUGGUGCCAUGGAAAACUGGGGCCUUGUUACUUACAGGGAGACGGCUCUGCUGAUUGACCCGAAGAACUCGUGUUCGUCCUCACGGCAGUGGGUGGCGCUGGUGGUGGGGCACGAGCUGGCACAUCAGUGGUUCGGCAACCUGGUGACCAUGGAAUGGUGGACCCAUUUGUGGCUUAAUGAGGGCUUUGCGUCAUGGAUUGAGUACCUGUGCGUGGACCACUGUUUCCCAGAGUACGACAUCUGGACGCAGUUUGUGUCAGCUGAUUACACGCGGGCGCUGGACUUGGAUGCACUUGACAACAGCCACCCCAUAGAGGUGAAUGUGGGGCACCCCUCAGAGGUUGACGAGAUCUUCGAUGCCAUAUCCUACAGUAAAGGCGCUUCCGUUAUCAGAAUGCUGCACAACUACAUAGGAGAUGAGGAUUUUAGGAAAGGAAUGAAUGCUUACCUUUUGAAGUUUCAACAUAAAAAUGCAUCUACAGAGGACCUGUGGGACUGUUUGGAGCAGGCCAGUGGGAAGCCCAUAGCUGCGGUCAUGAACUCCUGGACCAAGCAAAUGGGCUUCCCCAUCAUCGUAGUGGACCAGGAACAGCAAGGGGAGGAUCGUGUGCUCAAGAUCUCUCAGAAGAAGUUCUGCGCUAGUGGACCACACAACGGAGAGGAUUGCCCCAGUUGGAUGGUUCCUAUCAGUAUUUGUUCGAGUGAGGACCCUGCCUGCACCAAGAUGAAAGUGCUCCUGGACCAACCCGAAACCACAGUCACCGUUCCCAACAUCAGCCCUGAGCAGUGGGUUAAGAUUAACCCAGGCACAGUGGGCUUCUACCGUAUCCAGUACAGCUCGGCCAUGUUGGAGAGCCUGCUGCCGGGCGUCCGAGACCUCACCUUGCUGCCUGUGGACCGACUGGGCCUCCAGAACGACCUCUUCUCUCUGGCACGGGCCGGCAUGAUCAGCACGGUGGAGGUGCUGAAGCUGAUGGAGGCCUUUGUGAAUGAGCCCAACUACACGGUGUGGAGCGACCUGAGCUGCAACCUGGGCGUGCUCUCCUCGCUCCUCUCCCACACCGACUACCACGAGGACAUCCAGGAGUUCAUCCGCGACCUCUUCACCCCCAUCGGCCUCAAGCUGGGCUGGGACAGCAAGCCGGGCGAAGGUGGGCCUCAAGGGCCAGGGUCUGGCCACCUGGAUGCUCUGUUGCGGGGUCUGGUUCUGGGUAAGCUUGGGAAGGCGGGCCAUAAGCCCACGCUGGAGGAGGCCCGCCGGAGGUUUAAGGACCAUGUGGAGGGCAAGCAGAUCCUCUCGGCAGACCUCAGGAGCCCAGUAUAUCUUACAGUCCUUAAGCAUGGAGACAGUACAACGCUGGACACAAUGUUUAAGCUCCAUAAGCAGGCGGACAUGCAGGAGGAGAAGAAUCGUAUCGAGCGGGUGCUGGGGGCCAUCUCUGCUCCCGAUCUCAUCCAGAGGGUCCUGACCUUUGCCCUCUCGGAGGAGGUGCGUCCUCAGGACACGGUGUCUGUGAUCGGGGGCGUGGCGGGCAGCAGCAAGCACGGCCGGAAAGCAGCGUGGAAGUUCGUGAAGGACAACUGGGAGGAGCUUCACAACCGGUACCAGGGCGGCUUCCUCAUAUCACGACUCAUCAAGCUCACUGUGGAUGGAUUUGCGGUGGACAAAAUGGCUGCAGAGGUGAAGAGCUUCUUUGAGAGCCACCACGCGCCGGCAGCAGAGCGCACGGUACAGCAGUGCUGCGAGAACAUUCUCCUGAACGCUGCGUGGCUUAAGCGUGACGCCGAGGACAUCCACCAGUACUUUCUGCAGCGCAAGGCCCCGCCCGUCUGACCCCUGACCCCAUCCUCCAUCCUGCUCCUCCCACUUCAGACCUCCCAGCAGUGAUUGCUGCCUCUCUCCGCCAGCCCAUCCACUAACACUGGAGGCCCAGCAAACUAUACAAACAAGAAACUGGGCUUCUUUUUUGUAAAAUCAACCAAGCGGCAGACAACAAGAAGAUGAAAAGAAGAAUUAAAAAAAAAAAAAAAAAACUAGUCUUGAAGAUAACAAUCAAUAUUGAUAAUUGUGCAACCAUUUCCAUUUUAGUGUUUCAAGAUAAACUUCAAAACCUACCAAAUUCGCUCUAGUCUUGACGAGGAAUGUAGUGAGCCGCAUUCUGCCCUUCUGAGAUUGAAAAGGAAUUGUUGGAUUCUCCAGCUGAUUUAAGAAUAUCACCACACACACACACACACACACACACACACACACACACACUGCACACACACUGCACACGCACAGCACAUGCACAGCACACGCGCACACACUGCACACAUGCAUUAUAGAGGCUUUGUCUUUCAUGCAAUUUCUAUAUACUUGCACACAGUUGUACAACAAAUGUGAAUUGCUUUUUUUGUCUAUUUGUACCUUCAGUCCAUCCUUAAAAAAAAAAAGAGAGACACAGCACUUCUCCAAGGUUAGAUGUUUUUAUGUUUUUAUUGUUCAAUGUUUGUUUUCUGCACAGACAGAGUUACUUCCUGCAUUUUCCUCACUUCCCGAUACAAGUUGCGUUUUGUAAAGCAUAUCUUCACACAGGAUGGAGACGUGGGAAACGACACAAAGGUGAAAAGCGUGCGGGCAGAAUGGGGCCAGAUGGUUUGGCGUCCGAUGGUAUUGUGGACUUAACGGCAACGACACUGAUCUCCAUCGCUAAUAACGGUUAGCAGCAACCGAUCAGAGCUAGCAUGGUACUGUAUGUUAUUGUAUGACGCGAGUCUUGUCACCCCUCCCCCCUCCCACCCUCACCCCACUCCCCCUUCACUCACCUCUAUGAAUGAUCUUGACAAGAGAUGUACCUGGUUCAUAUAUGGUUUCUUGUAUACUUUUACUCCCUGAGAGAAAAACAAACAUUACCACUUGUCCCAUUACACUCACCACACACAACCUGUUGCUACAGUCCAUCUGGGGACUAAAGAAUGGUUGAAAGGAAUGAGAAAGGAUAAAGAAAAGGCAAAAGCAAACAAAGCAAACUACAUAUCCAAGCAUCUAUAUAUGUCUGACACAGUAAACAGAAAGAAAGCUUUUUGAAGAAAAACUUUUUAUAAAGUAUAUAUUCAGUGAUUAAUCUUGUGUAAAUUGUAUGGGAGUACAAAUAGGGAAAUUGUGGGCCUGUAGGAUUAAUUUACUUGAGAAUCUAGUGAUAUUUUGGCCCAUUUUGAAAUAUUGAAGUGAAGUGAUUAUUUACACCUUGUACUUUUAAGGCCUUAAAAUUGGUUUUGAGGAAAAAGAAAAGUUUGCAAUAACUAUUCAAAGUGGUUAAUUGUAGCCUAUCUCCACCAAGUGUUUAAGUGUCAUGGGAUUCCACAUAGCCUUGUCGAACAGAUAUAUCUGUCUAUAGAAUUUACUAUUUGAUGUGGCUUUGAACCUUAAAGGUGAUCAUUCAAUCAAUUGACAGUCUUUCCCAGAAACAUUUGUUGUGCUUUUGUUAAAAAAGAAAUGCAGUUGGUGUUCAUUAAAAGUAAAAAAGAAAAAAAUGAUUAAAAAAUGAUGUUAAAUUAGUACCGUUGAUUUUAUGUGUGAGGUGUGAAAGUGCAUGCCUGAAAUCAAGUUUUUGAUAUAUAAGUUAACAGUUGCUAAUCUGGUUCAAUUGUUUUCUAUGAUCAUUCACAAUGAGCAAUUCACCAUUCAGCAUUGAUGGUGAGAUUCAUUUAGUACAAAUAAAAUGCUGUAUCAAACGUUCAUACAAUACUUAACAAUAUAAUACAUCUGUAGAUAAAUACAUUAUAUGAUGUAGGUUAUCGGGGGGGGGGGUGGGGGGGGAUGUUGUUUAUUUGAUCUGAAGAUGGAGACUGGGGUACUGUUGAAAUAGCCCAAAGGGAUGUAACACUGUAAAGUAAAAAAAAAAAAGGAUUUUUUUGUUUUCGUUUUUGUUUUCACAUGUAUGCUCUUAUUCAGAAGCUCUGCUGAUGAUGUUCUAUGCUUUGUGGUAGCGACCAGAAAGAGUCGAGGAUCUGUCGAUCUGAUUUGAAUAUCAAAACUAUUCAAACAUCA